GACAAAUUGGACAUAUUAAAAUGGACUGUUUAAACAUCCCAAUGAUUUUACCCAAUUCUCCAAGGAAGAUAAGGGGUCAAAUCCAGGUUAUUUUCGGACCAAUGUUCUCAGGGAAAAGCACGGAACUGAUGCGAAGAGUGCGCAGAUUCCAGAUCGCACAGUAUUGCUGUUUGGUGAUUAAAUAUGCCAAAGAUACUCGUUACUCUGAUAAGGGGAUGUCCACGCACGACAGAAAUACAAUGGACGCUGUGCCUGCCACUUGUCUGAGAGAUGUGCGACCUGUGGCCCUGGAGGCGUGUGUUAUUGGCAUUGAUGAAGGACAGUUUUUCCCUGAUAUUGUUGAAUUCUCUGAGGAAAUGGCUAACUUGGGGAAGACUGUUAUAGUUGCAGCCCUUGAUGGCACGUUUCAGAGGAAGCCUUUUGGCAGCAUCCUGAACCUAGUCCCUCUGGCUGAGAGCGUGGUGAAGCUGAACGCAGUCUGUAUGCAGUGCUUCAAAGAGGCCGCCUACACCAAGAGACUGGGAACAGAGAAAGAGGUUGAAGUGAUUGGAGGGGCUGAUAAGUACCAUGCAGUGUGCAGGGCAUGUUAUAGGGCAUGUUAUGGAGGCCUCCUGCCUGAUAAGGAGAACAGUGCCCCUCACACUAUGACAGGGAAGCAGGUGGACCACUAUGCUCCACGCAGACUCCUCACUUCCCUUCACAUAUGACUUGAUUUGCAGAACAGAGUUUUAGAAUGUCUUAAACAGAAGCUUUGUAACUAAUCUGUUCUAGCCAAAUAUUUGUUGUAUUUCCGGACCACAGGAUGCAUGUCAUUUUGCUGUGAAAGCUGUAGAAUGGAGUACUUGGUGGUAGAACUGAUGAAAUCAUCUUUUAGGAAAAGUAUUUGGACUGUGGUUGGGCACUUUUCUUGUGUGAAGGUUGUGUUUUUUAUGCAUGUAUUAAAUAUGUUUACUGGGAACAGUAGGGUCAGAGUGAUGCUGCACUAACCCAACAUGUUUGGAUAACCCUGCUGUGUCACAAUCCAAUGGUUGUUCAGGUUGGACAAUUAACUGACCAGAGCACCAUUUUGGUGGAUGUAAUAAAACUAAUCAAUUUAAAUUUCUGAUCUUGCUUUGCAUAUUGCACCAGUGAAAACAAUGUACAGUUACUUGCUGUACUGCUUUCAGUGGCUGUUUGAACCAGAAAAACGCUUGCGUGCUGUCAGAACCUUUUGUUUUCCCCAAAGAGGUGGUAAGUAGGUAUGGAGUUUUAUUUCCUCUCGUUACAACAGUUUUCUUCUCGCUUGUGCACAAACUGAACAUUUAGCAUUUGCAUGCUAUUCAUACUUCAAGUGCAAUGACAUUUUAUGCAGUUCAUAUUGUAACAAGUGCAAACCCAUAAACAUUUUAAGUCUGUUAAGUUGCAAUAAAAAAUGCAAUGGCAUAUCCUGGAAGUGCAAUAUCUUAGCAACAUAUUCAUCUGAGGAAAAAAUAUUCUUAAAGUUCAAGGGAAAUUAGACUGAGCAAAGCUAGCAAUGAGGACAGAACAAAGGCAAAAGCAUGCUAUGAGUGAUAUUCCUUACAGAAAAGGACAACAAAUGAAAAAACUGCAAACUUAUGAUAUUCACCUGCACAACAGAAUUAACCUGAGCUCACUAACAUUGUCAACAGUAGGUCUAAAAUGUGUGAAAUAUCACAUCCAAGUAGUAUGUUUUGAAGAUUGUUUGAGCAUGUUUGAUUCAAUUAUAUGGGAAAUUACAGAACAUCCUAUCAAUAACAGUUUGGGCUCCAUAAAUGGUUCUUUGAACAGCAAGGAGGAACACUAGUAUAAUUAGAAUGCAGCUGAGGUAUGGCAAGAAUUACAAACAUUUCAAGUUGCACAUUAAUGAACUGGUUUAACUGGCACUGGAGUAGGACAUUGUUGUUUUUUUGGUUUGCCAUCCACGAAGAUGUUUGAAUGUUAAGUUAUUAAGGAAUCAGCUGCUUGCUAAGCAAUACCUAACGCUAACAUCUGACUGUGCCACUCAUGAGUUUCUUUUUCAUUUAAAAAACCUGAGCAGUCACCAUCUCACAGUAAACUACAAGUUGACCAGUUAAUUGCCAUAAUAUUCAAAAUUGCCAUAAUAUUCAGGGUCAUGGUACAAUUUACCCACUGAAAACAAAUGUGUCUAAUGAUCAAAUAAAACAUUACUGAACUAUGAGCUUGAGAGCAAAAAUAGUCUGCUCCACCAUCAACAAUUUCACUUACAAUAUAAGCAUGAGUUGUGCAAUCAGUGCUAAUCUCUAGGCUACAUGAACAUACAAAUGCAGAAAAAAAAAAAAAAAA